GCAGCGAUCUGAACCGUUAAAUCUCUGAUUCUCUUAUGAUCAAGCGGUUCACAUUUGACACGGAGCUAAUUCCUUACCCGCGUCCAACACAAAGGAGUAUAAUCAACAGAACGUGACGCUAAUCUCGCUUUCUCAUCUUCGUUUCACUUCCCGCAACACGCAAAUUUUUUUUCCCCUUAUUUUCCUUCGCCGCGAAGGUUCCUCUCUAUUUCCUCUGUGAGUUCGCUUUCUAUUUUCAUCUUCUCUUCUCUGCGAUAUCGCCGAUGUUAGAAUCGGAGCUUCACGAUUUAUCCGACGACGCCGAUUACGCCGCUUCGCAGCAACAAGGUUCUGCUAGCGUCAUGCUGCGAAGCGACAGUACAAAGGUGAGCUCGCCUCAUGAGCGGGACGAUGCUGAGAUUGUGUUUUUGAAGGACAAUGUGGCAAUUCAUCCAACGCAGUUUGCAUCAGAAAGAAUUAGUGGAAGACUGAAGCUGUUUAAGCAAGGCACUUCCUUGUUCAUGACUUGGGUUCCUUACAAAGGCCAUAGCUCAGAGGCGAGCCUUUCUGAGAAAGAGAGAAGCCUUUACACCAUAAGAGCGGUGCCCUUCACUGACAUUAGGUCCAUCCGGAGGCAUUCGCCUGCACUUGGAUGGCAAUAUAUCAUUGUUGUUCUAUCAUCAGGACUUGCUUAUCCUCCACUGUACUUCUAUAGUGGAGGAGUCAAAGAAUUCCUUGCUACAAUUAAGCAACAUGUUCUUCUUCUGAGAUCCGGCGAAGAUGCAAAUGUGUUCCUUGUGAAUGAUUCUCAGCAUACACUGCAGAGGACUUUGUCUUCUUUGGAGCUGCCUAGGGCUGUUUCUGUUGCAUGUGGACCUUCAGUUGAUGAAACAAAUUUGAAUGAGAACCAAGAAAGGACUGAUAGUGGUGCCAAUAAUCUAAGUGCCAGUGUUCCUCAAUUCCAUGGUAGACCAAAACAUAAAGCUCAUGAUCCUCGGGACCUUUCUAUUCAAGUGUUAGAGAAGUUCUCUCUUGUAACAAGAUUUGCUCGUGAAACAACAUCUCAACUCUUUGGUGAAAACCAGAAUAAUGGGUUCAGUGGCUAUGAAAGGAGCACCCAAAUCCAGCCUAACCUUGAUCAGCCUAAGAAAUCUACCGAUAUUGCUGAAAAUGUUCCUGCUGAAAAUCCUGUUAUCCCAGAUCCUAAGGCGCUGGAUAAAUUAUCACUAGUAUGGGGAAAACCACGUCAACCCCCAUUAGAUUCUCAAGAGUGGAUGACUUUCUUGGAUUCUGAAGGGAGAGUGACAGAUUCAGAAGCUUUGAGAAAGAGAAUAUUUUAUGGUGGACUUGAGCACAAUUUACGAAAAGAGGUUUGGGGCUUGAUUUUGGGAUACUAUUCAUAUGACUCAACAUAUGCAGAGAGAGAAUUCCUGAAGUCAGUUAAGAAGUCGGAGUAUGAAACUAUAAAGAACCAGUGGCAGAGUAUCUCCAAGGCACAGGCUAAAAGAUUUACAAAAUUCAGGGAAAGGAAAGGUCUUAUUGAGAAAGAUGUGGUGAGAACUGAUAGAUCGCUUGCUUUCUAUGAAGGGGAUGAUAAUCCAAAUAUCAUUCUUAUGCGCGAUAUCCUGUUGACAUAUUCAUUCUACAACUUCGAUCUAGGUUAUUGUCAGGGAAUGAGCGAUCUUUUGUCUCCGAUAUUGUUUGUGAUGGGUGAUGAAUCAGAGGCAUUUUGGUGUUUUGUUGCUCUACUGGAGCGUCUUGGACCGAACUUUAAUCGUGACCAAAAUGGCAUGCACUCUCAACUUUUUGCAUUAUCUAAGUUGGUGGAGCUACUGGAUUGUCCAUUGCAUAACUAUUUCAAGCAGCACGACUGCUUGAAUUAUUUCUUCUGUUUUCGUUGGAUUUUGAUCCAAUUUAAAAGGGAGUUUGAGUUCGAAAAAAUAAUGCGGUUGUGGGAAGUGUUGUGGACACACUAUCCAUCUGAGCAUCUGCACCUUUAUGUCUGUGUGGCUCUCUUGAAACAACACCGUAAUAAGAUAAUGUGGGAAGGAAUGGACUUCGACAACCUUCUCAAGUUUAUAAAUGAGCUUAGCGGUCAAAUUGACCUCGAUGCAACCCUCAGGGAUGCCGAGGCUCUCUGCAUAUGUGCCGGCGAGAACGGUGAAGCUUGUAUACCGCCUGGAACCCCACCAUCCAUGCCCAUUGAUGACGGUUCUUUCUAUAACCAGCUAGAUGACGAAGUUCUGUAAAUAACUUAUCUAUCAAUUUUCUUUAGUCAUACAUGAAUAUUGUGUAUUUCCCUGAUUUGGUUAAAUACGGUGUUAACAUAAAUAAGACACCUGUUAAUUCCCCUUGCA